GUUUAACCGCUGGCCUUGAAGCCAGGGGGGGAGGGAGGGACGGACAGCUUAGCUAGCUGCGCUGCGCUGGACCAUCUUGCCUUGCCAUUGUCCAGUCAAUCAAACCUGAGCGAGCGCAUAAUCAUUCCCAUGUUUUGGGCUAGUUAGUUUCGGUGUCAAAGUGCAAAUUUUGGUUCCUGGGUCUUUUGAUGCUUUUGAGAGGAUUGAUGAUGGUUUCUGGACCUUCCUAUAGCGCUUCGCUUCUAUCCGUUUGGUAGAGUUUAGACUGCGUUUUGCUUUCAACCUCGAUUAGGGCAUUGGUCGCUACUCUCCAGAGCUGCUGCUGCUGCUCUCUGGGACGUAUACGGGCGCCGAUCUGCUCACCCACAUCAGACUAGAGUUUUAUUUAGGUGGAGUCAUGCACUGGGAAUGACGGUAGGAAUGAAUUGUGUAAUAAAUCCUGGUUGAAAUUGAGGUAGACAGUUUUUGUACUUGAGCAAUUAUGGACAAAAGAGUUCGCACUUGCUCAAGUUGAAAGGUUUCGAGCUGGACAAGGUGGGUUGUAGCUGUUGAGCCCUUUUCUGUUCCAUGGCUGGGGAGCCUUCGUCUGGAUGGCUCCAGGGUUACUGGGGUCCAAUCACUGCGAGUACGGAAUGGUGUGAAAAGAACUAUGAAGUCACACCUAUGGUGGCCGAGUUUUACAACACAAUAUCCAAUGUCCCCGGCAUCAUUCUUGCAAUUAUAGGUCUAUACUAUGCCAUCAGCCAAAAAUUUGAAAGGCGGUUCAGCGUUCUUCAUUUGUCGACCAUUGCGCUCUGUAUUGGAAGCAGUCUAUUUCAUGCCACACUUAAAUAUGCUCAACAGCAGAGUGAUGAGACUCCUAUGGUAUGGGUGAUGCUUCUCUACAUCUACGUGCUUUAUUCUCCAGACUGGCACUAUCGGAGCACAAUGCCCACAGUCCUAUUUCUGUACGGGACUAUAUUUGCCGUUCUGCACUCGCAGUUUAGGUUUGUUGUGGGAUUUCAACUGCAUUUGGUCUUGUUGGCGGUGCUCUGUCUCCCAAGGAUGUACAAGUAUUACAUUCACACAAAAGAUCCAGCUGUAAGGAAACUGGCUCAUAAAUACAUCUUGUUCCUUGUUCUCGGUGGUAUGUGCUGGCUAGCGGACCGGCACUUAUGCAAUCAGAUUUCCAAGCUCCGGGUAAACCCUCAAGGUCAUGCUCUGUGGCAUGUGUUAAUGGGGUUCAAUUCCUAUAUCGGCACCACAUUUUUACUGUAUUGCCGAGCAGAGCAGCUCAACUGGAAUCCAAAGGUGGAAUAUGUGUUGGGACUUUUGCCUUAUGUGAAGGUUCAGAAAAGUGAAUCUGAACGGAAAGAACAAUAGAAGGUUUAAGAUUGAAUGGCAUACUCUUUGCAUGUUUUUUGGUUUAAGUCCUGGAGGGCAAACGGUUGCUGGAAAGAUGCAGUUAUUAUAUAUUUAUGUUUCAGAGUCAAACUGUGUAAUGUAUAUCGUUUGUUUUUAUGAGUUCUGGUUUUUUUGUCUUGAAAAUCUUUGGUUCAAAUGGCAUUGAGAGCUAGGAGCUCUUUAGUUUUGUUCUGUAAUUUGGUGCAGCGGUGGGGUGAUAGCACUAACAGUUAGCUUAGGCGGAAGUCGAGGGCGUAGAGAAUCAUAGCAGAGCUCGUAGUUUUGUUUCCGAGGUUCUGUCUUAUGCUGGCAGGAUCCUUGAGUGUUAGCAUAUGCCAUUUGCAUGUUCACUUUCACUCUUUGGAGGGUUUUAGAGCUGAUGAACCUGAAAGAUACGUAGUUUACUCCCAGCUUAAUCAAAUAAGUCAAUCGGUUACUGUAAGUAUGGUACUCUGGAUUUAUUUUUAUUUAUUUAUUUAUUUAUUUCUGUCUUGUGUAA